AUGAGAGCUCGAGGUGCAUCAAAAGCCAAGACAAGAGAUUGCAUCUACUGCACCUUGCAGUCCGAUCGCAGAAGACCCAACCUCUUCCACUCGGCAGGCAAAUAUCAACGAGACCCGCCGUCAUCAAAAGAUGCGCUGCCCUGUGAUCAAUCGGAUGGCAAUGAAAAACCAUGGCUCCUUCUUGGAAUACCUUUCGUGUCAUACCGAAAGAGCAAGAAGGGAUUCAUUGAGCAUGAAGACAUAUUUCCUUUUAUCAUUCAUCUAAAGCCUAUCACCCCUCUCCAGAAUUCUCUUCUAAAUCCUCCUUUCAAUUUCGAUUCCAAAUACAAAUUCAAAGAUAUCGAUGAUCAAGUGCAAGAUGAUUCAAAAGAAACAAUUUAUCCAGAACUAAACUACCCCAUUCAACAGGCGGCUGGCAGACCGAAAGCUAGAAAAUUAAACGCAAGAUAUGAUCCAUUCAGUGAUUCGUAUCUUUUCAUCAAGUUUAAAUCACCAAUUAAUACUCAUCUUGAGCAUUAG